AUGCGCUUCUCGUCCUCAACUGUUCUUGCGGCUCUGCCCGCCCUUGCUGCCACUCAGGACUCGCCUAUCGACCAGUACAAGGCCCAGUUCCAAAAUGUCAUCGGACAGUUCGCCUCUUAUAUUCCCAACCCGGGCCACCAUGACCCUGUUGCCGCCGCUGAGGCGAAGGCUGGUUCUAUGAGACUCAACGUCCUGACCCUUGAGAACUGGAAGCAAACCCUUUACGAGCCUGUUUCCGCAGGUGCUACUACACCUGAGGAGUGGUGGUUGCUCAUCUCUGGUGGCAACAAGACAUGCUACGGUCGAUGCGGAACUGUCGAGCAGGCCUUCAACGAGACCGCUGCGAAGUUUGCGCUCCUCGACAACACUCCCCAUAUGGCUUACCUGAAUUGCGACAACCAGCCCAUUCUCUGCAAUGCCUGGUCUGCGGGUCCCGCCAGCCUCUAUAUCAUUGAGAUGCUCCCCGAACCUGCGCCCGUCGAGAUUUAUAGCAAGAGGCUUAACUUGACCACCACAACCUCGGACACUCUGAUUGCCUUCCACGAAUCCGGCAGCAAGGACCAGUUCCAUCGCAUUGACAGCAGCUGGUUCCAUCCUUUCAACGGCAAGCUUGCCGAGUACGGCGUAGCUGUUCCCUUCGGCUACCUCAUGUGGGCUAUGGGCCUCAUCCCCAACUGGCUCUUCAUGCUCGUUGUCUCUUUCGGUAGCCGCGCCAUGAUGUCCCGUCGUAUGCAAGGCGUCAACGGUGGCCCUCAGGCUGGUGCUCAGCGCGCCCAAUAA